AUGAAAAUUUCGUUAGCAGUAGCUGAUGCAGCAUCAUGGUACUGUGCUAUAGUCCUCUUAAGCCUAAUAUUAUUGGGUUCUAUCAGAGAGAAUUCCGUCACAGAGGAUCCGCCUGUCAGAGGCAGCCAGUUUUUGGACAGACCUUGCGAUGAAAUAUAUGUUGUCGGAGAAGGAGAGACCCUUCACACCAUCAGUGACAAGUGUGGUGACCCGUUUAUAGUGGAGCAGAACCCGCAUAUCCAUGACCCGGAUGAUGUUUUCCCUGGACUUGUCAUCAAGAUCACUCCUUCAAAGCCAAGGAAGUUGCUGAGGUAG